GCCGCCGUCAUCUUUCACAAAUGUUUGUGAGUCGAGUGAAAAGAAAGAAGAGUUUCCGUGCGAAUUUUUAAUUUCCUCUUGCAAUUUGCGUGGUAAUCAAGGAUCCUUGCGUUUUCGCCCGAUUUGCCGGACUCUGUAACACCAAAAAUCGGCGGUGAAACGGAAUCGUGCGACGUGAAAACCGUUCGAGAAGUUGUGCGAGAAAAACAGAGGCGCAAGUGUUUUCGUCGGGAGACCCAGUUGUGGAGAAGUGUCCGGAACGGUCUGUUCUAGAUUCAGUGUUGGAUUUCGCAGCGCUUUUGUGGAUUAACUGCCGCUGGUGGGAGUUUUGCGAGAGCCCGAGGACGUGGAGCCAUUCGAUCGGCGGAGCACCAACGAUCAGGCCCUGAAAAAAUAAACUCGCUUUCCGGAAUCGAUAUUCGCCACAAAAGGCCGGUCUACACUUGUGCCGGUAAAACGAGACACGACGAACGAACGAAACAUCUUUUUUUUUAUUUCCUCCUCGCAAAAGAUAAAAAUUCGUACAGAUAAAUAAAAUCCCAGAAAGGCAAUUGAAUUUCAAUAGAACAUCCUGAAAUCAACAAAAACAGCAUCAUAGCAGCUGCAUAAAAUACAUAAAUAAUCAAAUAAAUAAAUAAUGGCAACGACACCGCGGGGAGGCGGUACCGCACAACGUCCAAACGGUGCAUCGCAAAAUAAAAUUUGUCAAUUUAAAUUGGUAUUGCUGGGUGAAUCGGCUGUGGGUAAAUCGUCGUUAGUUUUACGUUUUGUCAAAGGACAAUUUCACGAGUAUCAGGAGAGUACGAUAGGUGCAGCUUUUUUAACGCAAACGCUUUGCAUAGAUGAUACGGCAGUUAAAUUUGAAAUAUGGGAUACAGCAGGACAAGAAAGAUAUCACAGUUUAGCGCCAAUGUAUUAUAGAGGGGCGCAGGCCGCCAUUGUUGUUUAUGAUAUACAAAAUCAAGAUAGUUUUCAACGAGCUAAAACUUGGGUUAAGGAGCUUCAAAGACAAGCCUCACCAAAUAUUGUAAUAGCUUUGGCCGGCAACAAAGCAGAUUUAUCAAACAGUCGGGUGGUAGAAUACGAAGAAGCUAAGCAAUACGCCGAGGAAAAUGGUCUACUAUUCAUGGAAACAUCAGCAAAAACUGCAAUGAAUGUUAACGACAUAUUUUUGGCAAUCGCUAAAAAAUUACCUAAAAACGAUGGAGCCGGAAACCAAGGUAGUGGUCAAGGCAGAAGGUUGGCCGAAGUUGAACAAAAUCGACAGACGAACAAUUGCUGCAAGUGAUGUCAUUUUGUAGCAAAUCUAAGGGAAGGAUUAAUGGGGUUUUUAUUAUUAUCUAUAGAGAAAGACCAGCCGUUGCAGCAUCAGCAAAGACAGCAAAAGCAGCAGCAGCUAACUUCCUCUAAUGAAAAAAUUAAUUAUUUUUUUGUUAGUAUUUUUAUAAUGAAAUCUAUAUAUAUGAUAUAAAAUUGAGAAAGGAAAGGAAAAUACAAAAAAAAACUACAAAAAGAAACAGAUAAUAUAGCAAACUCUAUAUAUAUUAAAAUAUAUAAAUGUGUAAAAAUGAUAAAUCCAAAUACAAUUCGAGGAAAAAGCAACUGCAACAUACAUUCAAUAUUCAAAACGAUAUAGAAAACAAGUAAGAACUUUACAAAUAAAUUUAAUAUAUACAACAGCGAGUAUAUAGGCAAGGAUAAUGAAAACCCGUUUAUAGUUCUAACAUUUGGUAAUUUCGGAAAUUCAAGGAAAAAUACAAAAAGGGAAACACCGAAUCCAUUUAAAUUUAAUGUAGAAAUUCAAAUUUUAUCAGCAUAAAGUCACACGGAGUUAUAGAGUUUCAAAGAAAACUAAACGAAUACGGAGAAUAAGAGAACUCUCAAAACCUUAUAAUUUUCAUUACAUUAAAAUUACCGCGUGUAGUGUUGGAUGGGCAAAGAGAACAAAAUCAUCUAAUAGAAAACUAUUGAGCACACUGAAGGGAAUGAUAUGUUUGAAGAUGUUUCGAUUGCGUUGAAAAUAAAAUUAAAAUUUCAGAAAGGAGAAGCAAAUGGCGAAAAUUGUACCAUUGUACGAAUUUUCAUCAAUUGCAAAUGUUUGGUAUGUUAAUUACAAUCGUUUCUAGUUGCGCGCACUUAGAGUUCCAGCUUUUAUUUGUUGUCUGUACGUUUUUUUAAUCCUUUUUUCAGUUGUCUAAAGUUUAUAAAGAAAUUUGUAUGUAAAUUUAGAAUUGCAUGUAUCUAAAAGUAUUCCAAGAUAAUUGUAGAUCUGAUUACGUGCAGGACCAUUAAUCAUGAUGAAAUUCACACUACUAUACCUAUAGACACACUACUAACAGUAAAAUAAUAUCCAUAUUUAUUUCAGAGAAGAAAAACUAAUGAGCAAUAAUAGUAAAAACUUUAGUUGGUUAAAAAUUGUGGUUUAGCUUUGAUCAACAAACAAUUUCAACAGAAUUUAAUGAUAUUUGUUCCUUCUCUUCGAACCACCUUAUUUCAGGGCUAAAGCGCCUUUCAAUUUUAGAAUUCUUUAAAUCCUACAUGCUCCUUCCCGCUUACUUUAUUUCCCAAACAGUUUUGUUCACAACAGCGAAAUCAAAUUUAAUGGUAGAAAGAAUAUAUUAAAUGAUAAAAUUAUUGCAAGCAAAUUUUAUUAACACAUUAUUAAUCACUUAAGCAUAAAACAUGAAAAACAGCAAAUUGUAUACAGAUUUUAAGUUUAAGCAAAUUUAUAAAUUUAAUAAUAAUGAUUAUCAUUAUGAGUGUAUCUAUAAACAAGAAAUAAAGAGAAAAAUCCCUAAAAAUAUAACAAUAAGAUGGUAAAAGUUAUGAAAUAUCACACGUAAAGAAAUUGUCUUAAAAAACUAAAUAAACAAAAUUAUAUAUAUUAUUUAUAUAAUUGUAAAUUUUAAACAAUAAAUGAAAAGGAGUAAAGUAAAACGAGAAAAACAAGUUGCGUUGAAAAUAUCAUACAAACAAUUGCUUGAACAAAAACCAACAGCAUGGAUUCUACUAUUAAUUUAUCUUUUUUCUCUUUCUCUCUCCUCCCAAGAACAACAACUAGACCACACCCACAACAAAAUGUAUGAAAGAAGUUUCCAAUUCGUUAGUGUGUAAUAUGAGCAAGAAAGUAAUUUAGCAUAGUAAAAAGGUUAAAGAGACGUAAAAUAGCUGCGGAUGAAAAUUAGGUCGAAAUGUUUUUAAGUACAGCGAUAUGUUUUCUUUGUGACCUAUACAUACAUAAAUAUAUAAAUUAUACUUAAAAUUAUAAAA